CUUUUCUGCCCCUGAUCGAAAGUGAAGCAGUCUGAGAAAAGUGCUCCAACUUUGGUUUGGAUCAGAAAGAGCCGCGCAGCAACUCACACACUGGCAUCAAACAAGAAGCUAGAGAAGCAAACAAAGGUGCAGUAAAGCUGUUUGACCAAACUCUCCUGUAAAAGUUAAAAGCAACAUAACACCUCUAGCUUGCCUCACUGCUACUGUCAGACCAGGUUGGAGGACAAUCAGCACCAACGGCUGCUGCAGAUGCUGAUGUAUUCUGUGUGGUGUGUGCUUUCUCACAUUGCGACAAACCAACACACGCACCCAGUGGCUUGCAUGUCUGAUACUUCCUCCCCGUCCUGCUCUCACUCCCCCUCUGACACAUACUACACACACUCACUCAGAAGGGGAGCCAGUGUGUGUUAGUGGUGGAGACUGGCGUGUAGAGAGAGCUGAAGAACAGAGCACAGACGAAAAGUGAGGAGCAGAAGAGGGAGACUUGUACCAUGCCAAGGCAGGGAGAACCGCCGAGGGGCUGCCUCUCUCUCUCUCUCUGGAGCCAGAGUUUUCUUUUAUUGCUUGGACUGUUUUGCCUCCAGCAACACGCCAGUGGCAACAUUUUGGACAGUAUGCUGCUAAAAGUAUCCACUAAGGAGACGGCAGAGAAUGGGAAGAAGACUUCAGGAAACACAGCUCCUGCACUGUCUUCCCAAAAAUUCCUGUGGUGUCACUGUGACCACCACUGCCCUGAAGAUUCAACCAACAAUACAUGCUGGACGGAUGGGUACUGCUUCACGAUGGUUGAGGAAGACGGAGGAGUACCAGUCCUGACUGCAGGAUGCCUGGGGCUUGUCGGGUCUGAGUUUCAGUGUAGGGACACAGUUUUGUCCCAUGAGAGAAAAACGCUGGAGUGCUGCACAGAUGAAGAUUUCUGCAACAAAAAGCUGCAUCCUACACUGCCACCACUCAAACCACCUUUGUAUUUUGAUUGGAAGAUCCACCACAUGGCAAUGUUGAUUUCAAUAACUGUGUGCAUCAUUGUACUGGCUGCCAUUAUUAUCUUCUGCUACUUCAGGUACAAGCGGCAAGAGUCUCGUCCUCGAUACAGCAUUGGUUUGGAACAAGAUGAAACAUAUAUUCCUCCAGGAGAGUCUCUGAAGGACCUGAUAGAGCAGUCACAGACCUCUGGCUCAGGCUCAGGUCUCCCUCUGUUGGUCCAGAGAACUAUAGCCAAGCAGAUUCAGAUGGUGAAGCAAAUUGGCAAGGGAAGAUACGGCGAGGUGUGGAUGGGCAGGUGGAGAGGAGAAAAGGUGGCUGUUAAAGUUUUCUUUACCACUGAGGAGGCUAGUUGGUUCAGAGAGACUGAAAUUUAUCAGACUGUCCUGAUGAGACAUGAGAACAUACUAGGUUUUAUAGCUGCAGAUAUCAAAGGAACUGGCUCCUGGACCCAACUCUAUCUCAUCACUGACUACCAUGAAAAUGGGUCUUUGUAUGACUACCUGAAAUCAACCACCCUGGACAAUAAAGCCAUGCUGCGUCUGGCCUAUUCAUCUGUGUCAGGACUCUGUCACCUCCAUACAGAAAUCUUUGGCACUCAGGGUAAACCCGCCAUAGCUCACAGGGACCUAAAGAGUAAGAACAUACUGGUGAAAAGAAAUGGAACCUGCUGCAUUGCUGACUUGGGACUAGCGGUAAAGUUCAUCAGCGACACCAAUGAGGUGGAUAUCCCUCCCAACACACGAGUUGGUACAAAGCGUUACAUGCCUCCAGAGGUUUUGGAUGAGACUUUAAACAGGAGCCAUUUUCAGUCAUACAUCAUGGCCGACAUGUACAGCUUUGGGCUCAUCCUCUGGGAGAUUGCUCGACGUUGUGUCUCAGGAGGGAUCCUAGAAGAGUACCAGUUACCAUACCAUGAGUUGGUUCCCACAGACCCUUCAUAUGAAGACAUGAGGGAGGUGGUCUGUAUCAAGAAACUACGGCCAUCCUUUCCAAAUCGAUGGAGCAGCGAUGAGUGUUUGAGACAGAUGGGAAAGCUAAUGACAGAAUGCUGGGCCCACAACCCGGCCUGCCGCCUCACAGCCCUGAGGGUCAAAAAGACACUUGCCAAAAUGUCAGAAUCACAGGAUAUCAAGCUGUGAGAUGCCAUUGCCAGCUGCGCAUAGAGCGGACUCUGACAACCACACUGGCUUUCGUCCAGUUCAUUGCAAAGCCUGGACAAAAGGAGGAAGAGCAGCUCAGGAGAUUACUCAAUCAUAAAUAUGCCAGGAAAUCUGCAGCUAAAUUCUAAAAAAAAUAAAACUACUGCGCUAUAAGCAGCUGAGUUUGGGUUAUCAAAUCAGAUUCAGAUUAGUGUUAGAAUCUAAAACCAAGUGUCAUGUAAAUGUCUUGGAAAGAAAGACAGAGUUUUACUAGAGAAUGAAACUGCAGAGAUACUUCAACAGUCUAUAGACACAAUAUCUGUGCUUUCUGUGAAAGCUACCCUACCUGUAGAUGAAGAUCUGAAUGAUUGAACUGAAGGUGUGCGCUUCAGUGCAAUAUGUCACUGCAGGAGAACACAUCCUUUCUAAACACAUACCACCCUACUACUGGUUUAUAUUAUUAUUAUUAUUAUUAUUAUUAUUAUGAAAUAAACACAUUUUUGUCACUUAUGAAUUGACUGCUUUUGGUUUCAAAACCUGACACCAGGUGACACAAGUAGUAUGAGGCUUUACUGUAAAAUUUUGCUCAUGGUGAUACAGUUUCUAGACACUGAAAAUUUGAAAUUCGUAUAUAAGUUAAAAUAGGCUAAUUGAGGUUGUAAAAUUGUAUUUUUUUCAUGUAAAACACAAAUAAAAGACUUGUCUGUUGGAA